AUGACAACCUUUGAAUUGAAACUACCUGAAGAGCUGCGCUUAUCUAUCUUCCGACGCGUAAGCACUCAAGACGCAUUGAAGCUUGCUAUUGUCUGUCGAACAUUCCGAACUUCCGCUGAACAGGUCCUGUACGAAACCAUCUCGAAUGUCCAGUACAUGAAUCGUCUCUAUAGGACGUUGGUGGUCCGACCGGAUCUAGCUAGCCUAGUCAAGAGCAUCGAUCUUUGUCCAUUGAUGCUAGAAUCACCGGUGCCGGCUGUCGUAGACCAUGGAUGCUCUGUUGGAAUGACCGACAAUGAUUACCGUUUCGAUUUGCCCAUCACGGAGAAUCGAAUCGCUGGACUGAUACUACGAGCCUUGCCUGCGCUUGAAUCGCUGAAAAUCAGCAUUCUGUAUCUGGAAGAUCGACGCCUAUAUACUGAAGAAGGAUACGAUGACUUAGCCUGGCAGAGCGCUCAUCCAAUUAUCGCAGUUUUGGGUCCUGCAUAUCACCCUUCCAAUGGCAACCACACGACUCUGCUGAGCCAGAUCCCCGGGUUGAAAAACUUGAAGGAUUUAACGUACUGUGGCGCGAGGUUUCCAUCGUCUUUGGGUUCAUUACCAAACCUAGAGAACGUUCAUCUGAGUCGAGAUUGCUUUUUCAUGGAUGACCCGAAACAAGACGCCUCUGUCCUCGAUCCAGACCUCACACGGUCGAAGUACAGAUACCUUGAGUCAUGCCUGAAGCAGUACAUCUGUCUCAAGACUCUGACCAUAGAUAUCCUGGAACAAGAACGGGUAACCAGGCACGGAGAUGUCUCAACCCUUCUUGAUCGCCUACGAGAUGUGCAAGGGCACAUCGAAAUGAUGAACUUAAUCGUUGUACAGCCCCACGAAGGCUUACACUACCUGAACUUGGUUCUUCCUGUGCCAAGCAUGACUGCGUUCUCGGGGCUGAAGAAGCUCAGCAUGCCGUACGAGUGGAUCGAAAAGGUUGACAACGAGACCAUCGUCAUGACUGUAUUCUCCAAGGUCUUUCCUCAGACUCUGGAGGUGUUAGAGCUACAGAUCCCCCAGGAACAUACAUGCGCAUGGUUACUAGAGUUCGCCAAUCAGCGCAGCAAGUCGAACUUCAUUCACCUUCGCGAAUUUCGCUUGUAUUGUUCGGAGAUGCGAGGCGUCGGCUACGAGAAGUUCCGAUACGAUUCACGAUACGCCACCCAGGUGAAGGACAUAGGCAAGACUGGAAUACACGUCGAGGUUUCAUAUCAUCCGGACGAGUACAAACCCGAGUGGGACAACGAAGACUACGACCCUAUAUCGAAGUCUGUCGUGGAUGAACUUAGGUCUUUGUCCGUAAGCUAUCAAGCGGGUUAG